CAGGCCAGCUGACGUAAUGCUCUGAUACAAGCCUACAGUUCAAUAGAGUAGUCUGCUGUUUGGGACGAAGCCGAAGUUGCGCUCCUUCCUGUGCAAAGGCGACUCUCCGCUUCUGCGCGUAAAGAGACUCGGCUAAUCUGUUUUGGCUCCAAACGAAAUUUUCUCAACAUGGAUAAGUUUCGGAUGAUGUUCCAGUUCCUACAAGCUAACCAGGAGUCUUUUAUGAACGGUAUAUGUGGUAUUAUGGCCCUGGCGAGCGCACAGCUUUACUCCACGUUUGAGUUCACCUGUCCGUGUAUGCCGGAGUAUAAUUACGCGUACGGGGUCGGCAUUCUGAUCGUUCCUCCAUUUUGGUUCUUCAUGCUUGGCUACGUGCUGAAUAAUAACAUCUCGGUGCUGACCGAGGAGUGGAAGAGACCCGUAGGUCAGAGGCAGAAGGAAACCACUGUCCUGCGCUACAUGCUGUGCUCCAUGACGCAGCGCGCGCUCAUCGCUCCCUCGGUAUGGAUCGCCGUUACGCUCAUGGAUGGAAAGAGCUUCUUAUGCGCAUACAGCGCCAAGAUCGAUCUGACCCCAUUCUUAAACAAAAGCGCCAUGAACACGCCCGAUGAAGAUCUGGAGAAGAUACUGGCAACAAUUCCCUGCAAAAAUAUUUUCGACGCAAACAAUGUCAUUAACAGGGAGGCAGCAUCCAACUAUAUUCGGGUUUUGUCGCAGGCCUGUGGGUGGGCAUUUUUGAUGUUGACGACUUUUGUGGCCUUCCUGAUAAGAGCGAUCAGACCUUGUUUCACUCAAGCCGUCUUCCUGAAAACCAAAUACUGGUCCCAUUACAUUGAUACAGAACGUAGGCUCUUCGAUGACACGUGCAAAGAGCAUGCCAAAAGUUUUGCCAAGGUCUGCAUUCAACAAUAUUUUGAGAGCAUCAGUGGUGAAAUGAUAUUUCACAAACUGCCUGAGAGGGAAAAGGGUGGAAAAGAGAAAGGCAAUGAAGAAGAAAAGCCCGUGAGUGAGGAAGAGAAGCUCCUAGGCAUCCGUGAAAAGGAUGACAUGAAUAAAGUUCUGUGGAACUGGCAUACUUGUAAACCUGCACUUAGACUUCAUAAAUAUGGAAAAGAUGAAAACAUUAAUGAGAACUCCAAUAGCCCAGUACAAAGUAAUGGUUAUCAUAGGCCAAGGUUCAUGAACGGAAGUGCAGCAUAUUAUUCCAAGGUCUGAC